GGACCUCGGACCCCAGGACGGGACUCAAAGGCUCAGUGCCUCCCAGAGUCGCCGGGAAGCGGUCUCUGCCGGGUGUAUGCGCUCAGGCGGAAGCCUUGGCGGCCCCAGAUGGGGUCGCACAGGGGCAGUCGCUCGGGUCCCGCUUCGUCUCCCUGCCGUCCAUGCCCGGAGCAAACUCCUCCGCCCCGCCUGGGGCACAGAUCACGCGGCCCAGAACGCGACCCAGGCGAGUAACCAGCCUUCCCCCUCUAGCCCCAGCUCUGCUGGAGCUACGGAGAGACCGCGGCGUGAAAGUCUGAAACAGCCUUGACGAGCAGCUCUUCAGCCCAAUGGGCGAUCGCCUCUCCGACUAUGGGCCAAUCAAGUGCGUGUGAAGGCGGGACUUCCGCCUCAAUCUCCCAUCCCCCUCGGACGCUGGCGGCUGUGGGCCCCGGCGGAUGUUCGGUCAUGAGGUCCUGCUAGGGGCUCCGCCCGCAGCGCCGCGGCCACCGGCCUCUGUAUGUGCGGGGUCGGGCCUCCAGUAUACUUUUGAAAAUGCAACUCAAACAUUUGAUGACCUCCCAGCAAGAUUUGGCUACAGACUUCCAGCUGAAGGCUUAAAGGGUUUUUUGAUUAAUUCAAAACCAGAGAAUGCCUGUGAGCCCAUAGUGCCUCCACCACUCAAGGGCAAUUCGUCUGGGACUUUCAUUGUGCUAAUCAGAAGACUUGACUGUAAUUUUGAUAUAAAGGUUUUGAACGCACAGAGGGCAGGAUACAAAGCAGCCAUAGUUCACAAUGUUGAUUCUGAUGACCUCAUUAGCAUGGGAUCCAACGACAUUGAUGCACUAAAGAAAAUUGACAUUCCAUCUGUUUUUAUUGGUGAAUCUUCAGCUAAUUCUCUGAAAGAUGAAUUCAUUUAUGAAAAAGGGGGCCACAUUAUAUUAGUUCCAGAGUUUACUCUUCCCCUAGAAUACUACUUAAUUCCCUUCCUUAUCAUAGUGGGCAUCUGUCUCAUCUUGAUAGUCAUUUUCAUGAUCACGAAAUUUGUUCAGGACAGACAUAGAGCUAGAAGAAACAGACUCCGUAAAGAUCAACUUAAGAAACUCCCUAUACAUAAAUUCAAGAAAGGAGAUGAGUAUGAUGUGUGUGCCAUUUGCUUGGAUGAAUAUGAAGAUGGAGACAAGCUUAGAAUCCUUCCCUGUUCCCAUGCUUAUCAUUGCAAGUGUGUAGACCCUUGGCUAACGAAAACCAAAAAAACCUGUCCAGUCUGCAAGCAAAAAGUCGUUCCUUCUCAAAGUGAUUCAGAGUCUGACACAGACAGCAGUCAAGAAGAAAAUGAAGUGUCAGAACAUACUCCUUUACUUAGACCUCUGGCUUCGGUUAGCACUCAGUCAUUUGGGGCUUUGUCAGAAUCCCACUCACAUCAGAACAUGACAGAAUCUUCAGAUUAUGAGGAAGAUGAUAAUGAAGAUACUGACAGUAGUGAUGCAGAAAAUGAAGUUAAUGAACACAGUGUUGUGGUCCAACUACAACCUAAUGGUGAACAAGAGUACAACAUGGCAAAUACUGUUUAACCUUCAGAGGGUGGCUGGAUUGUUUCCUUUUAAAAUGCUUCUUUUAGGUAUAUAAUUUGAUCCCUCCCCCACUCCCUUCAGAAACUUCUGUAGAAAUAACUUGUGUUUCAGUGUUCUACAGUUUAAUCAAGUUACUGAAAUAGGUUUUUUUUUUUUUUUAACCCAUCUGGUAUUUAUCUACAAGAGUGCACUUCCUUUUACUAAUAAUAGACUGGUGCUGUAACCCAAGCAUCAAAUCAGUUUUUCUGGAAUGAAAUAUAGCCAAAAUGAUAAAACUCACAAUAGCCUGCAGUUAAGGUCUAGAUCACAGUAUACAAAUAUUCCAAGUUUCACACGCAAGAUCAGUACCGUGGCCGCCUAGCAUGAGCUAAGCCAACUCCCACCUCUAUAAAGUUACGUACGUGAGUUGGAAUAGGUUUGUUCUGGUAUUUUCCUAAAUUGCCAUCACUAGUGACAGAUGACAAGGCAAGUUAGCAUUCUUCCUCCUAUCUACACCACAAACUCAAAGCUGCCUUUUUCCUUUCUCAAGUAAUCUUAUCCUGACAGGAACCAUCUGCACUAGUACAAAUUUCAAAUUCUUUGUUGUUGUUAGUUUAAGACUUUGAAUAUAAUAGUAUUAUAUAUAAUUUUUUUAACGGAUGAAAUCUAGAGUCUGAUCUCUGGAUACUGACUUUCAUUUCCAUCUGUACUAGUACAAAUUUCAAAUUCAUUAUUGUUAGUUUAACUAUUAUAUAUAAUUUUUUUAUCAGAUGAAAUCUAGAGUCUGAUCUCUGGAUACUGACUUUCAUUAUCUUUAAGGGUUUUAUGUUGUGAUCAAAGCAAAAAAAAAAAACUGUAUAGAUAUACCAAACUUCAGUAACUAUUAAUACUAAGAUUAUAUACCUCUAAAUAAAGAGCAUCUUAUGCUAAUCAGCCCUGCUAAUUUAUGUACAGAGGAAAUUGUUCAAGUAUUAGGUUUGAAAAUAAAUGCUUAUCGUUUAACAGAAGCUAAUGAUGUAUUUAAACAAUGUAUUAUGAAGAGCUAAAUUAUAUUCAUUGUAACUAUAUAGAAAAUAUAUAUAAUCAAAAUGCUGACUUUUUAUAUGGCCUGUAUGAAGGGAGUUUGAAUGUUAAUAAACAUGUUUUCCACUUUAACAACCACA